CGGGAGCGGGGCGAGUCCGGAGCUCAGUCUGGUCGCCGUAGCUCAGCCAUGGCCGCCAACGAGCCCGAGACAGCGGAGCCCAAGGCAGAGGAGCAGCAGAGCAUCGGGAUGCGGGUGGCCAACCUGCCCCUGGUGAGCUCUGCCUACGGCAUGGUCUCCACCGCCUAUGCCUCCACCAAGGAGAGCCACCCCUACGUCAGGUCCGUCUGCGACGCCGCCGAGAAGGGGGUGAAGACGCUGACGGCAGCGGCGGUCAGUGGGGCACAGCCCAUCCUCACCAGGCUGGAGCCGCAGAUUUCCACCGCCAAUGAAUACGCCUGCAAGGGGCUGGAUAAGCUGGAGGAGAAGCUGCCCAUCCUGCAGCAGCCCCCGGAGAAGCUCAUCUCAGACACCAAGCAGCUGGUGACCUCCACGAUGACGGGGGCCAAGGAUGUCCUGACUAGCACAAUGGCUGGGGCCAAGGACGCGGUGACCAGCCGGGUGACGGGUGUGAUGGACAUGACCAAAGGGGCCGUGCAGGGCAGCGUGGAGCUGACCAAGUCAGCGGUGAGCAGUGGUGUCAGCACCGUCAUGGGUUCCACUGUGGGCCAGAUGGUGGUGAGCGGGAUGGGCUCCAUGCUGGAGAAGUCUGAGGAGCUGGUGGACCAUUACCUGCCCAUGACGGAUGAGGAGCUGGCCAAGCUGGCCACGGCCGUGGAGGGCUUCGAAACAGAGCAGCAGAAGCAGCAACAGAGCUAUUUUGUGCGCCUGGGCUCCCUCUCGACCAAGCUGCAGCAUCGAGCCCUCCAGCACUCGCUGGGCAAGCUGCAGAGUGCCCGCCGCAGCAGCCAGGACGUGCUGGCCCAGCUCCAGCGCACCCUUGACCUGGUGGAGCACCUCAAGCAGGGCAUGGACCAGAAGCUGCAGGGAGGGCAGGAGAAGCUGCAGCAAAAGUGGCUGGAGUGGAGCAAGAAGCAACCCGGAGGUGGCAAGGACCUGGUGCCACCAGAGCCAGUGGAGUUGGGCACGCUGGCCCUGCUGCAGAGCUUGACGCAGCAGCUCCAGAGCUCCUCACCCUUGAUGUCCAGCCUCCAGGGCCUCCCCACCAGCAUCCAGGACACGGCAGGGCAGGUCCGGCACAACGUGGAGGAGCUACGGACAGCCCUUGCUUCUGCCACCUCCCUCCAGGACGUGACGGGCAGCGUGCUGGCCCAAGCCCGUGCCCAUGCCACCAAAGCUCGCCAGCUGCUGGAUGAGCUGGUGGAGCAUGUGGCCCACAACACCCCCCUGACCUGGCUCGUGGGACCAUUCACCCCCCUCGGGCCAGCAAAUGGUGGACCAGCAGAUGAAGUAGCAUCCUCUGGGGUGGGGUGAUGUUGGUGUGUCCCCUCCCCAAGCCUCAAUAGGAGCAUCUACUAACCCCUGCCUGCCCACCUUGCCUGUAACCUUAGUGCCCGCCUGUAUAGCGGACACCUGCCUGCUCUGUCCCUUGUCACCUGUGCCAGGACUGUGCCAUAAUGUGCCUUGGUUCCCCCAAGUGCCUGUUGGGGUCACCUCCAGCUCCUGGCUGGAUCCCCAUGUCCUUGGUGUCUCCAGGCCCCUGGUCUUGUAGGGUUGGGGGCAGCUCGCCAAGCAAUAAACUCUGGUUAGUUUUGCA